UGCAACCAGUUUACCGGCUUUGGGUCAAGGCCAGACAGUUGAGCGUGGAAAUCUGUCGACUACAGACUGUGUUACAUCCUGGAAAAAUGAGUGACUACCACAGACCAGACAGCAAAACUCUCCAGACAUUGAAAGAUGUUGCAAAUAAAUUAAGGAUUCAUAGCAUUGAAUCAACUGACGCAAGUAACUCAGGACAUCCAACAUCAUGUUGUUCUAUGGCAGAGAUUAUGUCUGUAUUGUUUUUCAAUACCAUGAGAUACACCAUUGCUGAACCACGAGGUGCUUCUAAUGACAGGUUUAUAUUGUCGAAGGGUCAUGCAGCUCCAAUCCUGUAUGCAGCUUGGGCUGAGACAGGACUAUUCCCAACUUCAGAGCUUCUGAACUUACGUAAAUUAGACAAUGAUCUUGAGGGACAUCCAACACCUAGAUUGAAUUUUGUUGAUGUAGCCACUGGAUCACUAGGUCAGGGAUUAAGUUGUGCUGUUGGUAUGGCUUACAUGGGAAAGUAUAUAGACAAAGCAAGUUACCGUGUGUUUUGUUUGAUGGGAGAUGGAGAGAGUGCUGAAGGAUCCGUGUGGGAAGCCAUGGCAUUUGCUAGUUUUUACAAACUGGACAAUCUUGUGGCCGUCUUUGAUGUCAACCGUCUUGGUCAGAGUGAUCCAACAAGUCUUCAGCAUGACGUAGCAACCUACAAAGCAAGAGCUGAAGCUUUCGGAUUCAACACAUAUAUUGUUGAUGGACAUAAUGUUGAGGUUCUGUGUAAAGCUUUCCAUGAUGCUUCUACAGUAACUGGUCGUCCUACCUGUUUAGUGGCUAAAACCUUUAAAGGGAAAGGUAUUCCAGGAAUCGAAGAUCAGAUGAAUUGGCAUGGAAAGGCUCUAGGCAAAGAGUCGGCUAAUGCUCUUAAAGCUAUCAAAGAUAACAUGUCCAACCAAGGACCUCAUGGAUUAAAACCUGGUGCUAUAGUUGAUGAUGCCCCAGCAGUAAAUAUUAAAAAUGUUGCAUUAUCUGAACCUCCAAAUUACAAGAAAGGUCAAACAGUAGCCACCAGAGCAGCCUAUGGCACAGCUUUAGUCAAAAUAGGAAAAAAUAAUAACCGUGUAGUGGCUAUGGAUGGUGAUGUCAAGAACUCCACUUUCUCCAUCAAAUUCAAGGAAGCAUUCCCAGACAGAUUUAUUGAAUGUUUUAUAGCUGAACAAAAUCUAAUAGGAACUGGCAUAGGAGUUGCCUGUCGUGACAGAGCUGUUGUUUUUAUUAGCACAUUUGCUUGUUUCCUCAGUAGAGGUUUUGAUCAGAUCAGAAUGGGAGCCAUAUCUCAAACCAAUGUUAAUUUUGUAGGAUCACAUGCUGGUGUCUCUAUUGGUGAAGAUGGUCCAUCUCAGAUGGCAUUAGAAGACAUUUCCAUGUUUAGAAGUAUCCCAGGCUCCACAGUAUUCUAUCCUAGUGAUGCUGUGUCCUGUGAGAGGGCUGUAGAACUGGCUGCUAACACACCAGGCGUUACAUUUAUCAGAACUAGUAGACCCAACUCUGCAGUUUUGUAUGAUAAUAAUGAACCAUUUGCUGUAGGCAAAGGAAAGAUAGUACGAGAGAGUGCCAAUGAUGCAGUAACUGUGAUUGGUUGCUGUGUUACUUUGGAAGAGGCCCUGAAAGCUGCAGAUAAACUGGCUAUUGAUGGUAUUAACAUCAGAGUAGUUGAUCCAUUUACAGUUAAACCAAUUGAUGCUGAACUUAUCAUUAAUUGUGCUAGAGCAACAGGUGGAAAGAUCAUCACUGUAGAGGAUCAUUAUCCAUUUGGUGGUCUUGGUGAAGCAGUAUGUUCAGCUGUAAGUGAAUGUCGUGACAUCACAGUGAAAAAGCUAGCUGUACAGGAUAUUCCUCGUAGUGGCAAAUCAGCAGAAUUAAUUGAGCGUUUUGGAAUUAGUGCUAACUGUAUCGUUAAAGCUGUCAAUCAGAUUUUGUCUCAAUAGAUCUUGGAGUCAUUCUUGUUUAACAUGUUUUUAGUAUUAGUGACUUUACAUUUCUAGUUGUGUCAUCACUUUUUCCAAGACAUUUAGGUUUUUGAUGGAUUCUAACAGAGAUUUAGAUAAUUAUUAUUUAUAAAAAAGAAAAAAAAUGCAGUAAGUAAAUUUGAUAAUUCUGUUUUUGAAAAUUUAUUUUUUGAUAUGUAAAAAUACCAUUCUUUAUUUUUAAGAUGGUCUUUGUUUUGUACUAGAUGAAUUUAUGAAUUAUUAUGAUGAAAAAAGUAUUUAGUAUUGUAGUAAAUGAAUUAAACAUAAUCAGGAGAAUAUAUAGAGUUGUAGAAAUAUUGUAACAAUAAAAAAAUAUGCAUUCUCUAAUCAAAAUUGUAAAAUUAUAAGCUAUUAAACCGCAUAUUUUUUGCUAGCUUCUUUAAAUGGACAAUAUUUACCCUCAUUUGAUGUAAAUAUUAUUAUUCAUAUCGUAUUGAUACAACCUUAGCCAUAAUGUCAUUUAGGAUAUAAUUAUGUGAAUAAUAAUUAUUCUGAUUUAUAAAGUGCUAUGUUAAGUAAGUAUAGUCUGCUGCAAAAUGUAUAUGGUAGUUGUCAUUUUUCCUUAUAAUACAAUUGUUGUAAACAAAACAAAAAAUAUUUAUUUCAAUAGAAUUUCCUUAGUUUUACACAACGAUAACAAAACACACAAAAAAACCAGGUUUUUAAUAAAUAAUUUUUAUAUUGGCUGUUGGAUUGAGACAUUAUCAAACAUCAUAUCAGAUGUUAAUUAAAAUUUCAUUAAAGCUUUAGAAAGAACUAGCUGGAGAAAUAAAGGUUUAUUCUCUAAAUUCUUUUCCAUGAGUAUCUGUUGCAAACAUAAUUUGUAAAAAAAAAGCAAUAGAUUCAUUAAAAAAAAGGUUUAUAACUAUAAAAUGAGUAUGUAGUGAAAAAUGACAGAAACCUGCAUAUACCACAUUUCUGAUAAUCAUAAGUGCUAAACAGUCCACUGUUAACAAUAUGUUAGUUGUUUUUUUAAACCCUGUUGAUGUCAAUCUGUGGUUACAUUUGAUAUAAUAAAAUAUUGUUCUUAA